AUGUCUCUUUCCAAUUCUUUGAUUCUCUUCUCUCAAUCAGCCACGGCUCAUUCUUCCUCCGCCUGCUCUUGUCAACUCGCCGUCUCUUUUUCUAAUUUUCCGGUUUCUUCAAGAGACUAUAGUUUCUCUAGAAAUGAAAGUGUUUUGCUUCACGGAGGAGGCUCGAAUCUCUGCCGGAGGUUUUGUGGGUUGAAACUUUGGAUACUUAAGAGCCUGAAUCUUAGAGAAGGCAGACACAGAAAGCAUCAGCCUUUAAACGAGCUUAUAACACGCUCGGAGCACACUUUCCUCAGCGAUGAACGAGGUUUUGCUGAAGAAACUAGAGCUGCAGAUUUACGACCUGAAGAGAAGAUUCUAGGAAGUGAUUUGAGUGAUGGUUCUCACAAAGUUGGAGAUUUACUACCACCUGUGUCGAAACAAUUCGUGGACGGUCUUUCAGAUGUUCAAAGAGGUGCCUCGCUUUGCAUUGCUGUUGUUGGAGCUACUGGUGAGCUAGCAAGAGGGAAGAUUUUCCCUGCACUGUUUGCUUUGUAUUAUAGUGGCUACCUUCCUGAGGAUGUUGGUAUAUUCGGGUUUUCAAGAAAGAAUCUGACAGAUGAAGACCUCAGAUCCAUCAUCGCGUCAAAUCUUACUUGCCGUGUUGAUCAUCAGGAAAAUUGCGGGGACAAAAUGGAUGCAUUUCUUAGAAGAACGUAUUAUAUCGACGGAGGUUAUAAUAACAGGGAUGGGAUGUCCCGACUUGACGAGAGAAUGAAACAGAUUGAGGGAGGAUCAAAAGCGAAUAGGAUCUUUUACCUCUCAGUGCCUCAUGAAGCUCUCAUGGAUGUGGCAUGCACCAUUGCAGAUAAAGCUCAGGCACCACGAGGCUGGACUCGUAUAAUAGUUGAGAAACCUUUUGGUUUUAACUCACGUUCCUCUUAUCAGUUGACAACGUCACUUCUCUCCAACUUUGAAGAGAGGCAAAUCUACAGGAUAGAUCACAUGUUAGGAAGAAACCGUAUUGAAAAUCUGACUGUGUUAAGAUUUUCGAAUCUAGUCUUCGAACCGCUAUGGAACAGAACAUACAUACGCAAUGUACAGGUUAUUGUAUCAGAAUCAAUUGCGCAAACAAAAAAGUACUCUGAUGAAUAUGGAAUAAUACGGGACAUAGUUCAUAGCCAUAUACUUCAGACAAUUGCAUUACUUGCCAUGGAACCUCCGAUAAGUCUCGAUGGUGAAGAUAUCCGGAAUGAGAAGGUGAAGGUUUUGAGAUCAAUUCGCAAACUAGACCCUGGUGAUGUAGUCCUUGGCCAGUAUAAAUCCAGUUCUGGAAACAAGAACGGCGUGACCUUGAAUGGUGUAGACCCAACAUAUUGUGCUGCAGCCUUAUAUAUCGAUAAUGCACGUUGGGAUGGUGUACCUUUCCUAAUAAGAGUCGGCACUGGCCUCAUUAAACACAGAGUGGAGAUUCGUGUGCAAUUCCGGCAUGUUCCUGGAAACCUAUACCGAGAAAAUAUUGGAAUAAACAUAGAUUUGGGCACGAAUGAGAUUAUUCUACGUGACGAACCUGAUGAGGCCAUCCUGGUGAAAAUCAACAACAAGGUUCCUGGUUUAGGUCUUCAGCUAGACGCUUCUGAACUUAACCUGCUCUAUAAAGACAGGUAUAGCACCGAAGUACCGGAUUCAUAUGAACACCUAAUUCAUGAUGUAAUUGAUGGGGACAACCAUCUGUUCAUGAGAAGCGAUGAGGUUGCAGCAGCAUGGAACAUUCUGAGUCCGGUCCUGGAAGAGAUAGACAAGCACCACACGGCUCCGGAGUUGUAUGUAUUUGGUGGACGCGGACCAGUUGGAGCAUACUAUCUCUGGGCCAAACACGGCGUCCCAUGGGCAGAUGACUGA